UCCUUCUUUCUAAAUAUCACUUCUCAUUUUGUCUUUUCAAAAAAAAAUGUCCGGGGUUUGGGUGUUCAAGAACGGCGUGUUUCGGUUAGUCGAGAAUCCUCAGGCGGAGGCAUCGGAAGGAAGACAUGGGAAGAGGAAGAUGUUGGUUCACUUGCCGACGGGCGAAGUGGUAAAUUCUUAUGCUUUUCUUGAGAGAAUAUUGAUUGGUUUAGGUUGGGAGAGGUACUAUGACGGAGAUCCCGAUUUGUACCAAUUUCAUAAACACUCUUCUAUUGACCUAAUUUCUCUACCUAAAGAUUUCUCCAAGUUCAACUCCAUCAAUAUGUAUGAUAUUGUCGUAAAAACUCCUAAUGUAUUCCAUGUUAGGGACAAAUGAUGAGUUUGCAUGCUACUAUACUCAUACGCAAUUCAUCUUUUAGGGGGGAUUAGAUUUAUUUUCUGA